CAGAAAGGCGGGCGCUGGAAGAAGUUGCGUUCUCUGGUUGGUGUUGGAGUGGGUGCCAGGAGUUGCAAUGCCGAGCAAGCAAGACUGGGAGACAUUGGAGGCUCUGAGGAGCUCCAGUAAAGGGAGGCUGCAGUAUAAUAGAGAAUGGAGCUCGGAGGGUAUCAAUGAGUCUACUGUGGUGUUAUCGGAGUACGCCGCCUGGAUUCUGGAUAAUGUCAUCAACCGCACAGAACCGGACAGCACUCCUCUCGAUAGGCUGCCAUCGCAGGAUGACUCCAUACCUGCCGCACACACAGAGACGGGUAACCAGCGCUCCGAGGUGCCACGUACAGAAGCAGAAUCGUCGUCAAAACUGCAGAUGGAUAAACUGAUGGAGGUUGAAGGCAGCAUAUUGUUGUUUGAGAAGGCCCACAAGAUGAAAGUGAAGGAACAUUUGCAGGCUCGCGUUGACAUGUGUGAUCAGUUCAGCAAAUCCAUGGCUGAGAAGUCUGCAGAGCAGCUCAAGCGAUUCGAGGAGAUGAUGGAAUUGAAGCAAAGACAAGAGAAGCAUCAGCUGCUCGAGCUACUGGAAAAGGGAUCUAAAGAGGCCCUGGGACAGCAAGAAAAGCUAAAGGAGGAACAUCGUCAUAGAGCAAAGCUCCUGACUUUGAAACUUCGUGAAGCCGAACAGCAGCGCCAACAGGAGAUAGAGCGCAUCCGACAAGAAGAAGGACGCGAGAGGAUGCGCCGCCUGUGCUCUCUGCAACAAGAAGUGCUGCAGCUCGUCCAGAAGAUUCAAGUAGAUUACAAACAACAGGAAGCAUUGCGCGUGGACCUCUCUUCAUAUGGCCAUCGGGGGAACCAGAUAUGUGGCAUGCUGUCCUCUGUAAUUCGCUCUAGCAGUGAGAGAGGUUACCCUACUCAGGAUGAUGUAAACCUUGGUGAGCGCUCCCUGCAGGAGAUGCAGAUGUUGGCCAGCACCAUAGAGAGAGAGUUGGCGGCGGCAGAGCAGCGGAAGAAAGCGGAGGAAGAAGUUGUGAAAGAGAAACAGAAAGAGGCCCAACUACAGGCGCAACAACAGCAGCAGCAACAGGCGACACCGCAGACCCCGGCUCCAGCGCAGGACUCAAAGCAGGGAGGAACAGGAAAAUUAAACCUUAUCCACCAGUGUCCUCUAUUUGUAGGACUUCCGAAAAAGGUUUCAAAUAGCACAUUGCAGAUAUAUCUGGAGCUACAGACAGGCUUAGAGCAGUGUCAGAAAGCCUGUGAAGAUCUCGCCACGUGCAAAGAUCCUCAGACAAAAAAGAUCCGGGCCAAUCUUCAGAGGGCAGUUACCAUCCCAGUCAGCCAGAUAUCCAGUGUGUCAGGAUCUCAAGUGAGGGACACGUUUGAGAAGAUCAAUAAUUUCCUGAUGGGAAAACCCGUUGUCUUUGCCGGGCAGAAAAUCCUUGUAUCUCAACAUCCCCUGGGCCAGGACUUUGUAUGUUUAAAGCUGGCGGAGAAGUUAGUGAAUCAAGGGGAGGAGGAAGUUGCUUCUCAUCACGAAUCUGCCUUUCCUAUUGCAUAUGUGGCCUCUGCUUUAUGGGAACGGUAUCCCAAAGUGGGCGAACUCUUCCUCGCCAACCUGCACAAGAAAUGCCCUUACACUGUGCCAUUGUAUCCGCCCUUUAAGAAAGGGACUUCCCUAAUGGAUUAUCAGAGGUUGAUGGGAUACCAAGUGAAGGAUUCUAUAGUGGAACAGCAGGAUAGCUUCCUGAAGCGUAUGUCGGGAAUGGUCCGCCUGUACGCUGCCGUUAUCCAAGUUCGCUGGCCUUACGGGACAAGUCAAGGGAACCACCCACAUGGAUUAAAUCAUGGUUGGCAUUGGUUUGCACAGAUGCUGAACAUGGAGCCACUGUCUGAUAUAACGGCCACCUUACUGUUUGAUUUCCUGGAGGUGUGCGGCAACGCCAUGAUCAAGCAAUACCGGGAUCAGUUCUGGAAACUCCUAAUAUUAAUCAAAGACCAUUAUUUUCCAAAGAUUGGGAAGAUAACCACUGGUACAGAAAUGGGGUCAGCGUCUCGACUCAAACACUUCCUAGAAGAAGCAGUACGUCGGAAGGAUAUCCCAUUACCCAAAGGAUACUUGCAGCCUUCGUUCUGGAGGACCUGAUCAUGUAGCCCUGAGCAGCUUUAUAUCCAUCUUUAUUAGACUUUUAUACUUUGUUUUAUUACUGUGAAUAUAUAUAUUAGUGUACAACAAAUAAGGCUGGGGCGCUUUGUCACCCCAAAUGUUUUUUCAUAUGUCCUACUGUAGGAGUGC